AUGGAAGCUCAUGUCCUGACAUUAGCGGCAUCUCAUCUCGCUUGGGAAUUUCUCGUGUUUGGUGGCUUCGACCAAACACGAGAAAUUCCCAUUAGAUGGAUUGUCAUUGAUCCCAUGAUCUUUGGGUGUUACAAAGAUCCCAUUAGUGUUACUCGAGUGAAAGCUCAUUUGGCUUGCUUGACUGGCCAUGAUGUUCAAAUUUGUACAAAAGUCCCUGAUCAUGUUCAAGCUGAAGCCAAUGCAGAAAUGAAUUUGAGUGCAUCUAAAAAGAAAAGGACGAAUGAGACCCUAGAAAGUGGAAUUGGCUCCACAAGUUCUCUUUGUAGGAGCAUUCAUCAAACCACAAUGGUAGAGUUGGCUGCUAAACAAGACAAGAAGUCAUUAGAAAAGAUGAUAGGAGAAUUUUUUGUUAAGAAUAACAUUUCUUUCAAUGUUAUUCAGAUAGAAUCUUUUAUUCAAAUGAUGAAAGGUGCUUGUGCCUAUGGUCAGGGUUUUGUUAUUCCUAGUUACUCUACUCUUCGUACCCGUUUGAUUCCUGAAGCUAAGGUAGAGAUCAUGGAAUAUGUGAGCAACAUAAAGUCAACAUGGGGUGGCACAGGUUGCACAAUAAUGUCUGAUUCUUGGACUGACCUAAAGAAGAGGUCUUGGGUCAAUGUGAUAACUUAUUCUCCUGGUGGGGCUCUAUUCCUGAAGUGUAUUGAUUGUGGUUCAAAUAGUAUUACUGCUGGAUAUCUUUUUAGAGAAAUAUCUAAUGUUAUUGAAAUGCUUGGACCACAACAUGUUGUGCAAUUUGUUUCAGAUAAUGGUGCUAACUAUAAUUGUUGUGGUGAUAUGUUGAUUGGAAAAUGGUCUCACAUGUAUCGGACAAAUUGUGUUGCAGAUGGGAUUAAUUUGCUUUUAAAGGAUAUCCAUAAGCAUGUUAGAUGGGUGAGGAAAAUUAUUGAUGAUGGUAAACAUGUAGUGGAUUAA